AUGGUAUCAUUUUCUCUUUUCUCUUCAGGCACCCAGUAUUGCUUACCACCUGCUGCAUCUUUUCAGAGAAGGCGGCUGGCACGGAGGCCAGGCUAUAUGAGAAACUCAGCUGAGCCCUGGAUCAGUUUUCUCUCCCUAGCAGUGGGCACUCCAUUAGAGGCCCAGGGAAAGGUGUGUGGUGAGAAGUCUCACCACUCUGAGUCCAGGGCUGGACUGUAUGCUUUAAACCCUGGCAGCCAGUUUCAAAGUCCCUCAGUUGGGAGUCCUGAUUCCAAGAACAUAACUGCUUCAGCUCUGACCUCUCUGAACCACUUAAGCUUGGCUCUGACCCCUGUUGUGAGAGGAACCACAGGGCUCUUUGGAAUGCAACUCCAAGUUGGAACUAGGCUAACCAGGUCAUAUGGUCCUGGGAAUCUUGGGUGUAAGAGGGAGCUUCCACCCAUGGACAGUUCUGAGGCCCCAAGCCCUAGUUGGGAUAUUGCCUGUAGUGAAAAAGCAAGGGAAACCUGGACAAAAGACCUGACCUCAGAGAAGGUGAGUUGUAACAUCUACAGCCUUGGAAGUGACCCCAAACCCUCCUCAACUCCUGCUGGAUCUCAGCAUUCUUUCACCUCCAGUUUUAGCUUUAUACAGCUCACAAUUAACUCUACUGGCAAACAUGGAGAAGCAGAAGGCUAUCUGCCAUCCAGAGAAGCAGAGGAGAAGACUGCAAGUGAGAACAGGCUCCAUGAGCACCUUCAACUUUCCUCUCAGUCCUGUCAUCUCAAGAAAACCCAUGGCUCAGCAGCCUCUGUACAAGCUGCAGGGGGCUUCCCAUGGCUGGAAUCUCAGACUGUUUCUUCAUUGGACAUAGACACUGCCUACUUCUGCUCCCCACAUCCCACUUGGUUUGAGGGCAGUUGGGAUACAAUGCUCAGGAAGUGUGAGUCUGUACUAUUGGACUGCCUGCGGAGUGACCGGAGGCAGCUGGAGGUAAAAUCUUUAAGAUUAUAACUUCAGAAACUUCAAGAAAAAGCAAUUAAAGAAGAUGAUUUUGAUAAAGGUGAAUGUUUAAACAGAUUAGAAGAUCUGGAGAAAGUGAAGAACUCCCUUUGCUGCCUUCAGUUUCCUUCUAGGCAGCCAGCAGUGAAGAAAAUCCUUCAUCACUUGGGUGCACAGGUUCAUUCUGCCUUGUCUCUGUCUACACAGCAGGAUGGCAGUGAAAAUUCCCAGUCCCCACUCAGAAUGGAGUCCAAGAUGCUGGGACCCUUUGCUCAGGACAACCUGCAUGUAUAUAUCACUAGAUAUGACUGGCUUCUUCAAAAAAAAAGCAGAACACAGAAAGAAAUCAAAUCCCUCCAAGCAAGGAUGUCUGUGCUGGAAGCAAAAGAUCACCAACUGAAGAAGGAGAUAGAAGAACUAGAGCAGCUCCUUCCAUGGCUGGGCUGUGACCUAACCCCACUGGGAUGCAUUGGAUCGACCUUCUCUGGCCAACUGCAGGAGGUCAGCAAGGCCUUGAACGAUGCCUUGGCUAUUGCCAGUCAGAUUCCUUUCAGUGCAGAGCCACCUGAGACCAUUAAGAGCCUAGAGGAAAGGAUAAAAUCUUUCAACUUGUCACUUAAAGAACUCACUGCUAAGGUAUGUAUGAGUGAUAAAUUAUGCAGAACUCUCAGGAAGAAAGUUAACAAUAUUGAAACACAACUACCAGUAUUGUUUGAAGCCAAAAUGCUUGCUAUAUCAGGAAGCCAUUUUGGUACAGCUAAAGAGCUCACAGAGGAGAUAAGAUCAUUAAUAUUUGAGAGGGAUGGGCUGGAGGGACUUCUCAACAAACUGUUGAUGCUGAGUUCCAGGAAUGAUAAAAAGUUGGAAAACAACAGAUUGAUAAAAGAACUGUAUUGUGAAGAAACUGCUUAUGAAGUAAAUAUAAAGGAUAGUAUUGUGAAGUACAUGGAAAUGCUUGAGGACAAGCUGCACAGCUGCAACUUUCCCCUCCUUGGAAAAGUAUGCAAGGCUGACUUGGAAGCUUGUCAGUUGAUUAUUGCGAGCUUGAAAUACCAGGAAGCCACAGGGGUUCUGUCUGCAGAAGAUUGCAGGCAAUUGGAUGAUGAGGGAGAUGCAUGUCUGACUGUCCCAUCCAUGCAUCCAAGACCUCACACUGAAGAUGAGAGGAAGAUCCCUCUACAAGAAUCUUACAUAUUGUCUGCUGAACUUGAAGAAAAAUGUGAAGCAAUAGGCAAGAAGUUAUUGUACUUAGAAUAUCAACUUCACAGGGCAAUCCAUACUACUGAUGAAGAUCUCAUGCAGUAUCUCAAGAGGGAACUCCAGAUGGUGAAGGAAACUCUGUAUAUCAUGAUCCUGCAGCUACAACCAGAGGAGGAAGUGGGGGAGAAAAGAGAGGUCACAGCUUUGUAUGUGACAGCUGGUGUACAGGAAGCACUGGCCUGA